GGUACCUCCGCCAUAGACUACUUCCUGCUCUAUCCCGCAGAUGACGACUGGGAUGCCCAUUCCUGCCAAGUCGUCUUCGGAUUCCUCUGGAACAGUUCCGUCGCCAUCUACAAUCCCUACCUCUCCCAGAUUGCCCAAAUCCUCACCUUCCACGGCGUCUCCUUCACAGGAUGA